AUGGGUUGUAGAGGACUGUGGAAUUUACACAUCCAUGGAAAAUGGUACCGCUCCUAUCAUCCUCGGGCACUGAUAAGCCAUCCGGAUGAUAAACGGAUAUGGCGAACAGUUAAAGAAGUACUUGAUAAGCCCUUUGAUCUGAAGGGGUGGGUGCUAUCUCCCUGCCCCAGUCCGAUUCAUUCAAAUUUAGAUUAUGUCUACACUAUCGACCACGUUGCAGGUGUUUUCAUAAUCUCGCUAUGGGGAGAGCCCGACGGUAUCUUGGUACCUACAGCGAUACGAAUCGACCUAGCUAGAUUCCAUGAAGAUGAUUUCAGCCUCUCCAUCAACCAUCCCCUCCCACGGCCUGAGUACUUGGUCGGAGAUGGUACUAGCGUGGUCCAUGGGUCCCACUAUGAACCACUAGAUUCUGAGAUGCUUACUUUCGACUUUGGCAUCCCUACUCCUAUGAACGAGUUACAGGAGCUAUUGUUUACCGACUUUGUCUUUCUUUGGCGCUUCUAUAUUGAUGACCCCUUGACAUGGAGAUGUAGUUCCCCGGUCUUCAAAUUGCUAUGUAUAGCCCUUCUACGUCUUGCUGCUUGGGAUCUUGAAGUAUCCCCAAAUUCCGACCUUGGGCACGUGGAACUUCCAAUCUCCUUCUCGUCUGUUCCCUCUUGGAGGUACCCCAAGGCAGACAUUUACUGGUUCCAUGGUUACCUUAUAGUAUUGCAUGAAGACAUCGGAUCUAAGGCUAUGAUAAGUGGAGCUAUUAUGAAAGCCAAAUCAUACAUUGACAAUCUCGAGUAUGAAUGCAAUGACGUCCACUUGAUCCUUAUCUCACCAUUUCAGGUGGCUUUCGUGGAGUUGCUCCAAGGCACUAUCAUGACUUCCAAAAGCCUAGCCUUAUUGACAAAUGCGUCGGCAAACCAAUGCUCGCCCGGCUUUCGUGCGCUUGUCCGGGUUCUAACAUCAGACCGCCGGAUAAAGUAUCACGCCUAUAGAGAGACGUGGGAGUAUAAUAUACCACCAGAAAUGCUUCAAAGACUGCUCUAUGCAUUGGAACCGCGAGAUGCUGUAGCAUUUUCACAGGCUUCCUUUGUGGCCGAGGAAUGCUACUAUGCCUCGAUUCCCCAGAUCAAAGAUAUCGUCGUGCAAACCUUCAAGUCUUCUAUACCGUGCUGUGGUAAGCGUGGUGACUUGGAAGAGCAGGGUAUCUGUUGUUCUAAAUGCCAUUCCUGGCAACACCUGGGGUGUGUCGGUCUGGGAAACCAACCAUUGGACAGUAAUUACGUUUGCUUUGAUUGUUACAAAAAUAGGACCUGUACGACACUUAAACCCGGUCGGAUAAACAGAACCAGUUGUCGACGACGAAGAGAAGGGCACCCGGUCAAAGUGGGAUGUGCUGAACAGUUGCUUCAAUUGCGACUUCUCAAACCCUCCCAUUUACGACCAGAGCUACGACUUGUGAGGAAUCUCCGGCCCAUUCCACCUUGUCUCAUUGAUCACACGAUUCUUUUCAACGGCGCGUUUUCUGGCUUGGCUUAUGGCCUGGAAAAUACAACCUAG